ACUCAUUUGACAACUGCUGAAGCCAGCAUUACUACUGGAUGCCAAGAAAGAUCUAUAUGUGCACUUACUGAAUUGCAUAAAAAGGCAGGAAAAUGGCGGCCCCAGAUAUGGAGGUGAUUAAAGACAUUCCAGGAUAUAAAGUCAUCCUUAAAGCUAUAAUCAAAGCUCAAAUACAACAACUGGUUGAGCAGUUGGCAGCACACACAGACGAAGAGUCAGUGAUAUUGACAGCCAGUGUUGCCGAUGGUACACUUAGUCACCUGGGCUCAGAUUCUGGAAAAGGAUUCCUCGAAGAACAAGAAGAUGUUAAAACACAGUUCCUUGGUUUCUGUCUUAAAAGGCAUCAUAAAAAGUUACAAGCAGAGAAGGAAAAAGAAAGACUGAAAUCACAGGGGCCAUUGCCAGGCCAGUUUGAUCUUGGACCCGGUCCAAGACGUCCACGCAUGCCAUAUCAUGGAUCACCAAGACAACCUUUCUCACCUCAAGUAUUUCAAAUGCGUUCUUCGGCCAAUAGACAUGAACCAUAUCACAUUCCAAGGCCUGGCCGAAGAACUUCAUCUGACACAUCAUUCUCAGAAUCUAGUCAAAUGACUCCCGGUGCAUCAUUUCAACCAGGGGCUAUCUCAACACCUCAGGAAACAUUGGAAAACAUGGCGAUGAAAACCGAACCCGCCGAUGACAGUCAGAGUGAAAUGAAUAGAGACGAUGACAAUACAAAUUCAUCUACUGGCACAAAUGAACAAAGUGAAAGUAGAACUGGCGAUGGCCAGGGUGGUAUAGAUAGUGACCCAAACUCUGUGAAAGUAGAAGCUAUUAGUGAAUCAGAAUUUGAACUAGAAAUAACAGGUGUUGAGCCUGGUAGACCUGCUAUGCCCCCAGAAAACUGGGUACCGGAUGUUAACAUGGGAAUGAAUUUUGAUCCAUCACAAGGUGCUGCCGGGAGCCAAGCUGAUAUGUCAGGUCAACAGGGAUACA